AAAACAUGUUUUUAACUUUAUUUUUAAUUGCUUGUAAUUGAAGUAAUUUGCAAAAUGCUGGUUGGUAUUAAAUCGGUAAUAUGUCAAGAAUCUUUAUUGAUACCUGUAUUUCUUUACGGAUUGAUUAAGUUGUUAUUACCAUCUGCUGAAAGCGAUGGUGACCUAAAGAAAAUAGUUGUAAAUGUUGUUAGACCACUUCUUGCUCUUAUACUCACGGGGCCAUUGUUUACAGUGCUGUGCUUAUGUGCAUGUUAUUUUGAAAUCGCUAGAAUUCUAGCGAAAUUAAAGUAUAGUAAUCGGUACGUUGAGCAUUUUCUUGGUGCCGAUGCAGUGUGGUCGUACGAUCAACGCAUUGGUAGUAGUGUCAUCACACAGGUCAGCUUAUUCGAAGACCAAGGACCUGAUACUCCAGAAAGAAUCUAUAAUUUUUUCCGUGCAAAACACGUCGAAGUUAUCAAAACGCAUCCACGAUUUGGAUGUAUCCGCGAAAGUUUUAUGGGCUAUUUUUAUUUUAUCAAAGAAAACGUGGAUAUUGACGAAAUUUUCGUUUAUUUGGAUGAUUACCAAAAUUACAAUGAAUUCCAUUCAAUUGUAACCGAAUUAAGCAGUAAAUCAAUGCCAUGUGGUGGGAAAUAUAUGAUGCAAAUAUGCUUUGGUAAAACACUAAUAGAAGUUGAACCAGGACGUUUUGUUUAUCCUGUUAUUACUCGUUCUCAUCAUUCAAUAAUGGAUGGGGUGACUAUGACUGCAUUCAUAUGUACUUCAUACGUGAAUAAUGGAUAUAAUGUUACAAAAGAUAUGUUUAAUGACUUACUGAAAAUGUUUAAACAAGAAGCAUACAUUCAAAAACAAAGGAACGAACAUGUUGAAAAGAAAUCAAGUUUAUGGGACAGAAUAUGGAAUAAAAAUGUGUACUUCCAUCACAAUGUACUACAACACGUUGAGCCAGAAAAUGUUUUACACCAUGGUCCAAUUAGUACUAAAAAACUAUUAAAAUUAAAACUGGAAGGUCCUGAUGGGAAAUACUUCGGCAAAAUUAAAGAGAUCAAGAAGCAUUUAAACGUUUCGCAUUCCGAUGUUGUGUUGGGAGCUGUUGCAGCAAGUCUUACAGAAUAUUAUGCAACACAUGAUCUAACACAUCCGUCAUUUAUUUCAACUGGAACUACCUUUUUCUUAAAGGGCAUUGAUUUUAACGAUUUGGUUCAAAUGCAUGACAACCAACCCAUCACAAAUCUUGGCAAUAAAUUUACAGUGGGUCAUUCAAAAAUUCCACUUAAUGCAGAAUUUUUAAACGAUCCCAAACAAUUUGUCCAUGCGCUAUACCAACAAUCAACAUCACUCAGAAAAGCUUUAGAUAUGCUGUUUUUUUAUUGGAUACUGAACAUUAACUGCACUAUUGUGCCUCAAGCCUUGGCUAGUCCAAUUUUAGACUUGUUUGAUUGCACAACAAUAACAACCAAUGUGCCUGGAACAGGAGAUUUGGUCUUCUCCAAUGGCAGUAAACUUGUUGAUGCAUGGGCUUGGUCUAUUCACUACAAACAAAUAGGUGUUUGCAUUGGAAUUUAUACGUUUAAUAAUCGUCUACGCAUUACUCUACAUGUGGAUGAACAAUUCCUAAAGAAUGAAGAUAAUGGUCAAGAGAUUUGUGAGAACUUCUUUAAAUAUAUUGAUAAAAUAUAUGAAUCGCAAAUAUUCCAAGUAUCUUCAAAUCAAGAACCUGUGACCAAAAUAAUCCUAUUUAUAUUUCGUUUGUGUCUAUCUUUAUUCUUAUGCAUACCUGUCGCGUGUUUUGUUAUUUGUAUGGGCUACUACUUUGAAAUUGCUAGAAGCUGUGCCGCUUUUAAAUUUGAUCCUAACUAUGUAGGAUAUUGCAAGGGUAAAGAUGCUCUUUUUUCGUAUGAUAACGAGUGUGGCAACACCGUGAUUCAUGCUAUGCUAACAGUUGAAGAUUCAGGUCCAGAUACACCGGCCAAACUACUUCAAAUGCUCCGAGAACAAACCAUAAAUAAUGUUUUACCACAUUAUCCACUUUUAUCAUGUACAAGAGAAAGUUUUAUGGGUUAUUUGCAUUACGUCCAUAAGGAACACUUAGACAUUGAACGACUUAUCAACUAUAUGGAUGAUUAUCAAGACAAUGCAGAAUUCCGGCACGUUCUUAAUAAGCUUGUGAGUGCGCCUUUGCCGUAUGAUAAUAAAUUCAUGUGGGAAAUUUGCUGUGGCAAACAACUUAUCGAAACGGCUACAGGUAAAUGGGGAUAUCCUGUUGCAUUUCGGAUUCAUCAUACUUGUAUGGAUGGUGUGACAUUGAUUACAUUUAUUCAGUGCCAUUACGCAACCGAUGGCAUGCAAAAUAUAAAAGCGUUUCAUAAUAUUCUUUCCACGUUGAAACCAUUCGACUCGAAAUUAAAUUUUGUACAAAAUAUUAUAAAACAUGUCAGGAAAUUAUGGGAUAGUGGAGUAUAUUAUCAUCAUAAAGUAAAUCUGCAUAAUGAGCCAACGUCUCCAUUACAUACUGAAAACCCAAGUGGAUGCGAUAAACUUAUUGGUGUUUCUUUAGAAUCCACACCGGGCGAAAUUAUUGCAAUGAUCAAAUUUAUCAGAUUCAAAUUAAAGGUUACGUUUUCAGACAUUAUCAAUGGAGCAGUAGCUGCAGCUAUAACUGAAUAUUUCGUUAUUCACAAUUUGGAUUUUCCACCGUUUUUUACCAUACUGAAUCCAACACUUCCAGAAUUAAAAAAAUUCAUAUCGGUGCAAGAUGGAUAUUCUCUUAUAGAACUAGGAAAUAAAACAACAGCUGCAUUGAUUAGACUGCCGCUGAAAAAACAGUUUCUUGACAACCCAGAAAAAUUUAUCCUAGCUGCAAAUAAAGAAAGUAAAUCGGUCCAAGACGCACUUGAUUUAAAAUUUCUUCAUUGGGCUGGCAACGCGUUUGGUACACUAAUACCUCAAUCACUGUUUCAACGACUUACUGAAGGGUACGACUGUACAACUGCAGUUUCGAACAUCCCGGCAGUGCAACCACCGACACUGCACGGUGGUCAUCGUGUCAUUGAUGUAUUUGGCUCGGCAGCUCAUGUGAAAAAACUUCGCUCGUCAGUGACCCUGUUAAUAUUCGAAAAUCGCAUGAACUUUACCUUUACCGUUGACAAACAGUUUUUGCCCGCCGAUGAACAUGUGGAUGAAAUUUGCAAAAGCAUUUCGAAAUACGUUCAUAAAAUUUAUCACAACUUACAGUCAUAUCCCACGUUUAACAUUCAUAAUUUUUGUUUGGGCACUCAUAAAAGUAUUGUUUAUACCAAAACUCCCAAAUCUCACUAUGCAUUCCAAUCGACACAGUUACAAGUCUCGAAUUACACCGAAUUUAUCAAGAUGGUCAACGGAUUCAAAAGUUUAUACUGUGUUGAAUCACUUACAAUUCCUCUGCUGACCUACGCGCUUAUAAAACUGGCGAUUCCAAUUCCAACGAAUAGUAAUCAUGUUAUACAAAUGUCAAUAUUUCUUCUUAGAAUCACCUUAACAAUUAUCGGAGUCUGUCUAUUGACUUUGUUUAUUCUUUUGUGUGCUUGCUACUUUGAGCUCGUCAAGCUUUUAGCAAAAAUAAAGUUUCGAGAUGCGUACUACGACGUUUUUGUUGGGGCUGAUGCAACAUGGACAAGCAACUCAAGAGAAUGCAAGAGUAUUAUUCAAGUUAUGUAUCUUUUCGAAAACUCUCCAAAUACACCUGAAAAAAUGAAACACUUAUUCACAGAUCCAGAGUUUCAAGCAACUAUAUUAAAGAAUCAUCCACGGUUGUCAUGUGUACAAAAAUAUUUUCUUGGAUACAGUUUCUACGUCAAAAUAAAAGUGAAUUACACAAAAGUAGUUAGAUAUUUUGAAGAUUACAACACUUUGCAAGAGUUUAAUAUGCUUAUCAAUAAGACAACCACAAGAGGAUUACCAUACAACGACGAAUUCAUGUGGGAAGUCCUCAUUGGCAAAAAACCAAUUCAAUUGGAAAUCGGCAAAUGGCAAAUUCCUUUAGUGACACGUUAUCAUCAUAGUAUUACUGAUGGAAUUGCAUUGUCCAUGUUUAUGAUGACAACAUACUCAAAAAAUGGAAUGGAACGAUACAAAUCGGAGUGUGACCGAUAUAACAAGUGCUUCUCUAUUGAUAAAAGUAAACCAAGAGAGGGUUUUAAUUUAACCAAGUUUAUCAACAAGUGUAAAAGUAUUCUGAACAAAGAUAUUUUCUACCAUUAUGAUAUGUUGCGCUAUAAAGAACAAUCUAAUAUACUACACAGGCAGUUGUCAGGCGAGAAAGUUGUGUGUUUCAGCCUCGAAAGCGAAGAUGAUCAUUUGUUGGAAAAAAUCAAAAAAACCAAACGAGCUUUGAACGUUUCAUUUGGUGAUGUCAUUUUAAGUGCAAUAAGUGCUGCUUUUACAGAAUACUACAACAAAUUUGACAAAUGUCCACCAAAACAGAUUUUAUCUAGUAAUCCUUAUUUCUUGAAAACAGCUGAAUUAGAAACACUGGUAACAGUUAACUCAAAUGGCGACCCAGUUACUCAAUUAGGAAAUAAGUUUACACUGGGAUUUAUUCAGCUACCCACGGAUAUCAAACUAUUAGCAAAUCCUAUUCAAAUCAUCGAUGAAUUACAUGCACACACUCAAAAUUUGAAGAACAGCAUGGAUUUUUCUUUGAUGUAUUGGCUCUUCAAUAUUUUUGCAACAGUGGUACCAAAACCAUUUGCGCUUUUGGUCUCGGAAUUUUUUGACUGCACGACAAUAAUUACAAAUGUACCUGGGGUAAUGUCACUUAGUUAUCGCAACGAUUGUAAAGUGGAAAAUAUGUUCGUGUGGACCAACAACUUUAAUCGAACCGGAGUCACUAUUACGCUUUUCACUUAUGACAAUAUGAUGCGUGUAACUGUGCAUGUGGAUAAAAAUCUCAUUGAAAAUAUUAAUGAUAUACAAAAACUUUCAGAUAAUAUUUUGCGUUAUAUAAAAAUUUUGCAUGAUAAAGCCAUUAAUCGUAAAAUUAUAGAAUGAACAAAUUAUUUUAUUUGCAGAAGUAUGCCAAAUAAACAUUGCUCUGACGUAAUUACACAUCACAAUUAAUCAUAUUAUGAUAUUUUUUAAUGUGAGAAACAUUGUAAUAAAACGAACAAUCAUAGAACUAAAAUACUGACGUCAACACGAUAAUUGACAAAGUAGGAAUAACUUACUGUAUAAUUACUAUUGUUAGUAUUAUGAUUCUAGCAAUUUAGUUUGUAAAGUCUUAAUUGUUAAAAUACAAAUUGUUAAAUUUUG